AUGGCGGAAUUCUCUGAGUUCAUCUUUGACCUGGACCUUAUGGACCUUUCCUUGGUGGGUAGUGAGUACACAUGGUCUAACAGCCGGAUUUGGUCGAAAUUGGAUAGAUUGCUUGUCUCGCCGUCAUGGGAAGCCCAUUAUCCGAAAGUAAGUCAGAAAAUGUUAGCUCGAGUCAGUUUAGAUCAUUUUCCCAUUCUCUUAGAUUGUGGGGGCAUUCAGAGGGGUCGCCGGUAUUUCAAGUUUGAGAACAUGUGGCUUAAAGCGAAUGGGUUUGUAGAGUUGGAGUUAAAGGGUAAGGAACUAUUGGGAGAUGGAUUGGAGGAGGUGUUUUUUAGGAAGGCCACGGUUGUGACAGAGUUGGAAAGGGUUUUGUUCUCAGUAGAGAGAUCAUGGCGCCAAAAAUCCAGAGCCCUUUGGUUGAAAGAGGGUGAUAGGUGUACGAAGUUCUUCCACAAAGUGGUAAAUUCACAUCGGCGUAACAAUGCUAUCGAGUCGCUUCAUUCAGGUACUCAGGUGCUAUCCUCGCCCCCUAAACUAGCAAAUCAUAUUGCACAUUAUUACGGGACUCUUCUCAUCGAAUCGGCAACUUUGAGGCCGAAGCUUGAUGCCUUAUCUUUUGAGGCAAUUGAUCCGCAAAAUGUGAGUGUCUUGGAGAGACCUUUUGAUGAAAAAGAGAUUUUCAAGGUCAUAUCUAGUAUGGCUAAAGAUAAAGCGUGGAGUCCGGAUGGUUUAUCAAUGGGUUUCUUCCAAACUUGUUGGGAUGUUGUGAAAGGUGAAGUCUUGCUGGUGUUCAGUGAAUUUCACACUUUUUAG